CUAUCCACACGAGCCCUCAUACAUGACUUUAUUUUGAUCCUGACCCCAAGGGCCAGGGGUCGACAGGGAUAAGGGGUAUGGCGAGAUCAAGGAUCAAAUGGAGUACUUUCGUGUCUUUGGUUCUGGCCUGUCUUACCUCAACUGAGGGCAAGGAUUCGAAGACCAAAUGUCCUAAGCAAUACUGCGGGCCAGGUUACAGAUGCGUGGUGAAGGAGGAUGUACGUUUUUGUGUAAGAGGAACGGGGAAAUUAGCUGAUGACAUCGAGGAGAAAUGUGAGGACCUUGACUGCGAACUCCCCAAGCGGUGUUAUGUAGAUUUACCAAUAUGUGUCGGGAGCGCCCCGUGUGGGAAGGCACGGGUUGUGUGCCGGAGCAAAGGUCAUCCCGCAGAGAAAGAGACGGGUGAGACCAAGCCCGAACUAAAGAUGACAUCACCAACGUUGAAGCCAUAUCGGAAAGGACGAGCAGUAGUGAAAAAGGUUUUAGCAAAACUAAAAAUAAAGAGCAUGGCAGCCAAGUUCAAAAAGGCGCGAACGUCAGCCAAAUUGAAAAAGAAACAAGCAGUGAAAUUGGAAAUUAAGAAAAUGGCUAAAGAAGGAGUUAAGGAUACUAAGACUAAAGGAAAAUUGUCUGUGAAGAAAUCCCUAGAAAAAGACACAAAGAAAGGAAAAGACAAAACAAAAAAAGGGUCAGAAAAGAAGCUAAAGACCAUAUCUGGCAAGAAGAAAGCCUUGAAGAGUACUUUAAAAAAGCUGAAGAAGGAUAAGUCUAUUCGAAAGGUGAUGAGCAAAAUGGUUAAGAGGUUAGAGAAAGAAGAAAGGAAGUUGAAGAAGAAGGCAGCGAAGGCGGGGAAGAAGGGGAAGGACGGGAAAAGGAAGGAAGUCACGAAGGGGGAGGUAGGGAAGAAGGCCAAGACCAACAAGAAAGGGAAGAAGAAUGAAGGCAAGACGGACAAGGAUGGAAAGAAGGACAACAAGGGGAUGGACAAAGAUGGAAAGAGGGACGAAAAGAAAAAAAACGAUGGAAAAGAGAAAGAAGGCAAAAAGGAGGCCAAACCUGCUAAGAAAGGUUCAAAAGAUAAGAAGGGUAAAAAAGCCUUGACGAAGAUCAUGAAGAAAGCCCAAAAGAAGAGCUUGAAGAAAAUUAAAAAGGCUAUUAAGAUUAAGAAAGCCGAGAUUGCCGAAAAGUUAAUGGACGAUAUUGAUAAGACCAAGACCAAGAUUGCAGUCAUGAAAACUAAGGGGAAGACAUCAACGAAGUCAAAGAAGUCAAAGCGCUUCAAGACGUCUGAACGCUUAAACAAGUCAAAGCGGUCAAUGAAAGGAAAAGGGAAAAAAGUUCCUGAUGAUGAGGAUGACGAUGAAGACGAUGACGAGGAAGAGGGUGAGGAUGAAGAUGAUGACGAUGAUGGGAUUCGCACUGGAGUCGGUAAAUCGGGGAGUAAGACCAAGAAAAAGGGGCCAAGGAAGACGCCUGAAGCAGAGAAUGAAAAUAAGGGCAAGCAGGGAGAUGAAAAUGCAACUACCAACAUUCUGCAUAAGCAUGGAGUCUUAACGGUUAAACUGAAAAGGGCGACGGGCGGGAAGCACGUUGUGUCAAGGGUGAUGGUCAUGCACAUGUUAAAUGCCCUGGGUGGUUUACAUGUACAGCUAGUGAGGGGCAAGAAGGGGCAGGAGAAGGGAGUUUCGGGGGGAAACGCGGUGAAAGGAAUUCAGACGAAGGCGAGGAAGGCUGUUAAAAAGUUGAAGAAGGGAGCGGGCAAGAGGAAAGACAAGGGUUUGAAAAAGAUGGGUUUGGAGUCAAAGAAAGGCAGUGAGGCGGGAAAGGGCGGGGAAGCCACGAAGAGAAAGAGCAACAGGAAGGGUACGAGUAUGGAAAAGGGGAAGAGAGGACAACAGUGGAAAACGUGGUCCAAGAAGGAUCAUCCUAGAGGAGGGAGGAACCGGGGUAAAAUAGGUCCUGGGGGAUCCCGGCGCAGCGAAGGAACGAGCGGAAACAGGCGGCGAGGAAGCGCAGAUAUGGGUUUGGUUAUCAGCAACGUCCCGACAAGAGGGCCGCGCGUACCGCCUCAUGGCAGGACGCGGCGGCCGGGGAAAACAAAAAUGUCCCGCCACCCGCCGCCCGUCCGAGAUCGCCACGUCCUCCACAGCUACAGACCCCCGGACUGGAUGCCGGACCUCCAGGCCGAGGACAUCCCGGACCCCUGCGAGGCCAAGCGAUGCCGCCACAUGGAAGAGUGCCAUGUUAUCCGGAUGCGCUGUAAGAGGGAGCCGUGCGAGGAGAAGGCUGUCUGCAUAGAUGCCAACCCGUGCAAGGGCUUCCGCUGCAGAAGGGGCCAGACGUGCAGUGCCCAUCGCCAGCGCUGCCAGUUUCCCCCGUGUCCGCUGCGACCAGUGUGCGAGCAAGCUGUACCGAAGAAGCUCUGUCAGCUAAAGAAAUGUGGUAAAGGGUUAAUCUGCAAGACGAAACGGCCCAAGAAAUGCAAGAGGCACCCAUGUAGACGCAUCGCCUACUGCGCACAGCCUAAAACUUGUGCGGAGAUGACAUGCCCCGCCCAGGAGAUGUGCCGUAUGACGUCUGUGGUAUGUUUUGCCUUGCCCUGUCAGCUUAGCGGUCCCGAGUGCAUCAAGAGAGAAAAAAGCCUACCAUGGCGAACGCUCCCAAUACCUUGAUUGGUGCUCAAAGGAAUAAGAGACGCCAGCCCUCUGUUGCCCUAGCAUCUUCCGACGAUGCUUUUUAAACUGAAAAUCCAACCUUUUGUAGCAUGUUCUCGUAUUUGGGGCGCACUCUGUAAAAAAUAGUUUGGAA